AUGUCUAAAAGAAGAAAACCAACACUUACUGGAAAAACAGAGAAAGCAAAACGACAAAGACAAAGAGAAGAAUAUCGUAAUAAUCCAGAUAAUAGAAAUAAUGAAUUAAUUCGUGACAAUGUGAGUCGUACCAGUCGUAGAAGCUCUCCACAGUACAGAUCAAAUGAAUUAAGUCGCGAUCAAACAAGUCGUACCAAUCGAAGAAAUUCUCCAGAAUACAGAGCAGAAGAGCAACGUCGUGACCAAACUAGUCGUACCAAUCGUAGAAGCUCUCCACAGUACAGAGCAAAUGAAUUAAGUCGCGAUCAAACAAUUCGUACCAAUCGAAGAAAUUCUCCAGAAUACAGAGCAGAAGAGCAACGUCGUGACCAAACUAGUCGUACCAAUCGUAGAAGCUCUCCACAGUACAGAGCAAAUGAACUAAGUCGCGAUCAAACUAGUCGUACCAAUCGAAGAAAUUCUCCAGAAUACAGAGCAGAAGAGCAACGUCGUGACCAAACUAGUCGUACCAAUCGUAGAAGCUCUCCACAGUACAGAGCAAAUGAACUAAGUCGCGAUCAAACUAGUCGUACCAAUCGAAGAAAUUCUCCAGAAUACAGAGCAGAAGAACAACGUCGUGACCAAACUAGUCGUACCAAUCGUAGAAGCUCUCCACAGUACAGAGCAAAUGAACUAAGUCGCGAUCAAACUAGUCGUACCAAUCGAAGAAAUUCUCCAGAAUACAGAGCAGAAGAGCAACGUCGUGACCAAACUAGUCGUACCAGUCGCCGUACCAACCACGAAUAUCACGAACAAGAAAGAAUUCGGGAUAAUAGACAGCGUCGUCAAAGAAGAGGACAAACCAUUUCAUGGGAAACAGCUUUGCAAAACUAUGAAGCAAAUAUACUUGAAGGUCCGACUUAUCGAUGCUAUAGUUGUGAUAAAUUGCUAUUUAAAACUCAAAUUAGAAGAACAACAAAAGAAAUUCUCAUAAAUACAGGAUGUAGUGAAGAUUAUCUUGAAAAAUUAGUUCUAGAAGAGCUUCAGACCGACGAUGAGUAUACGUUUUGUACAACUUGCAUGACCUAUAUAAAAAAACAAAAAUUCAAUAUUAAUUUUCAGGGUAAUAUCCUUAUAGGUUGUUCUCCUUUCCUUUAUUUGGCAAAUACUGAAACGAAUCUGGUACGAAUUUCUUAA